GGUAUUUCAAUUUUCAAAUAAUUUUCUUUACCUACUCAUUUAGUCAUUUGGCAACAUUUUUCAUUGCUGUUAUUUAAUCAUUUAAUCUAUAGUUCUCUUUCAUAAAUUGUACAUUAAUACUAUUAUAUGUCUAUACGUCUUAUCUAUGAUUUCAAUAUACUAGUUAUGCUUUAAUCUUAGUGACUUAAACAAAAGUAUGGCAUUAGUUCAUGCUGAACUUACUGCUACUUGCAAUUCAUUAGGAUAUGCAGGACCUGAAAAGUAUUGCAUUGAUCCACAAUGUUCAGAGGCUGUUCGUGAUCUGAUCAAGUUUUUAAGACGCGAUGGUGAUGACCAUGAAAUCCGUCGCCAUCUUGGAACAGCAAAUAUUGUGGAAACCGAUUUAUUGCCAAUACUCGUUGAAUACUCAAAUAAUUUAGAUUUGUUCGAUUUGAUCAUACGACUGUUAGUUAACCUUACAACACCUACAUUGUUGAUAUAUAAUGAACAGCCACCCACUGAGAAAACACAAAGCCAAUAUUACUUGCAAAUGGUGUCGCACCUACAAAAAUAUAAACGAGCAUUUACAGAUGUCAAUGUCUGGAAUGUAAUAGUGAAUAAAUUGGCAAAAGUCAUACAGGCAGAGUACCAUGAGAAGGGAGAAGAAAAAGUACUGUCUACAGUGAGACUUCUUAUUUUAGUCCGAAAUAUACUUCAUGUGCCUGCGGAUAAUGAUGCUGAGUGUAGACCUGACAAUGAUGCAAAUUUACAUGAUCAAGUCUUGUGGGCAAUGCAUCAGAGUCAACUCAUUGAUAUCAUCAUGUAUAUAGCAUGUUCAGUUAAUGAAAAACAGUAUUAUUUACAUGCAUUAGAAAUUAUUUCACUUAUGCUUCGAGAUCAAAAAGCAUCAGAACUUGCAAAUGCAUCAAUCAAUCGCACUGAGACUGAAAAACAGAGAGAUGAACAUGAACUUAAAAUAGUAUUGGAUAAAGAACGAAAAGAAAAGAUGGAUAAGCUUAAAAAGUAUAGUGGAUCACGCCACUCAAAGUUUGGUGGCCGAUUUGUUGUUUCUGGUAUGAAAUCAAUUGGUGAAAACGAAAUGGUUGUUUCAUCAAUGACAUCUAACAUAAGUAAAGCUUUUGACCGUUACAAGAAACCUCUUAAGACUCCUCGUAAUAGACUACCUCUGAGAGAUGUUGAUGUUGAACGAAAAUCUGCCUUUAGCGUUAGACUCUUCUUAAAAGAGUUUUGUGUUGAAUUUUUAUAUGGGGCAUAUAAUAUGUUGAUGAAACACGUCAGAGAAAUAUUGGUGCGUUCAAAAGGCCAGCCUAAUGAUGAGUCAUAUUAUUUUUGGGCAAUACAAUUUUUUAUGGAAUUUAAUCGCAAUUACAAAUUUGAAAUUAAAUUAGUUAGUGAAACUAUGGCUUUAAAUAUAUUUCAUUUUGUGCAAGAGCGCAUUGAAGAGAGUCGUGAAAAAUUGAUAACUGAUAAGAAAAAAAUUCCUAUUUGGUCUAAACGCAUGCAUUUAGGACUUAAAGCUUAUAAAGAAUUAAUGGAAACACUCUUAGUGAUGUAUCAAAGUAAAAAUCCAACGUUAGAAUCUAGUGCUCGAACAAUUUUAACUAAUUUAUUUUACAUGGUUGAAUAUAGAGAUUUGCUAUUGGGUUUGCUAAAUUUAUAUGAUGAAGUGAAAUUCUCACGAAUGUACCUCAAGGAUGUUAUUGAAACAAAUCAUAUUUUUAUGAAACUAUUGGAGCAUUUGGGGAAAAAACAGCGCAAUUUAAUUGUGCAGUGCAAAUCAAGAAAAAAGACUUACAAAAAAUCUAAAACUGCUACUCAAGUUACUCCAGAAAAUGAUGAUAGUAUGUGGAAUAAUUUCAGUACAAAUCUUAAAGAAAUUAUUCAGAUCCAUGAACAAGUUAAUGUAAUUGAAGCAAGACCUUAUGAUCCUAUAUCUGAAGUGCCAAUGGAAGAUCAAAAAGUUGAAACAAUGCAACGCAUACAAAUGCAUUUAAGAAAUAAACGUUUGGAAGAAUCUGUACAACUAUUAAGAGCUUCUAGAGAAGUUUGGCCUGAAGAUAGUUAUUUUGGAAAACCAGGGUUAAAUAGCGAUGAUGAAUUAGAUAUUCUAAAACAAAUAUUCUUUGCUGAUCUUGGAACACUCACAGUAUUUUUAAUUCCAGGAUAUGAUGAAAACAUUACAGAAUCUAUUAAUUUAAAUGAUACUGAAAAUAUCAAUGUUGACGAAGAAGAAGAUUCUAGUCAAAUAAGAACAGAAGAAACUAAUUUUGAAUUCCUAGAUUUUGUAAAAAAAUUUGCAAAACCAAAAAUUUUACAAAGCUGCUGUCAACUCUUGAAAGAGUUUGAUACUAAUUCUACUUAUACCAAUCAUGCAAUAGUAAAACUUCUCCAUCGUAUUACAUAUGGCUGCAAGUACAGUGCUUUGAUGUUUCAAGCUUCUGUUUUUCGAGUUUUUCAAAAAAUAUUUUCAUCCAAAAAUCCUAAUCAUAAAGAAUUAAAACAUUUUGCUAUAUUUAUAAUGAGAAAAUUUACUGAAGUUGCCAAAAAAAAUAAAAAAGUCUUUGUAGAAUUAUUGUUCUGGAAAGAUUUAAAAGUGGCAUAUGAAAUUGAAGAAGGGUAUGAUGCAGACCAAAAAACUAAAACAACAAGUUGGAAUGAGGAACAAGAAGAUGAGUUACAUAGACUUCAUCAAGAAUAUGCACAAGUUAUGCCCGAUGAAGAUGAAGUAGCUUGGAUAUGCAAAAACCUUAUUAGACAGGACCGUUCAAAAAUAAGUAUCAUUAAAAAACUCAAACAACUUGAUAUUAUACCAAUAAGAAAAACCAAAAGAAUGGUCAGAGAAUUUUCUUCUAAUGAUGAUUUGGAUUUGGAUUAUGACACUGAACCUACUUACCAUAGUUUAACUUCUGUUUAUGUAUUAAAUUCUAUUAAAAAAAUAAUCAAUAAGGAUAUGAAAACCGCUUUACUGUGGUUGAUUGAGAGUUUAGACGAGGCAGUAGAUGAUUUGGAUGUAGACGAAUCUGAUAUUCCCCUAUUGCCAUUGUCUGAUGAGUGUAUGACAGCUGUUAAUGAUGUUGAUUUUCAAGAUAUGAUGCAAAUAUUAGGCUUACAUAGACCUUCAAGUAUUCAGGAAACCUAUUGGCGUAUACCAGGUAGAUGGCAAGCAAAUGAUAUCCACCAACGAUCUACAUCAAUCAAGAAUGUGAUAGAAGGUAACUUUGUUACUGAUGAAACAAAUACAACCUAUAAAGUUGAUGACAGUAGUGAUGAGGAUGUCGGAACAACAUUUGACAGGAUAAGGAAAUCUCUAGCUCAAAAUAGUGUAAAUGAUGAUCAGGAGAUCAUAAAUACAAAAUUGAAUAAUCCUCACUAUAGUAAAGAAAAAAUUGGAUUUAACAAAAGUAUUGGUCAUAAUAUAAAUACAUUUUUAUUAGAGAAUAGUGAUGUUGAAGAUAAUGUUACCCCUAUAAAAGUACUUUUGGACACAAGUGGUAAUAAUAUCAGUGGCCAUAGUUUUUCAAUAAAACAAUUAUUGGAAGACAGUGAUGAAGAUGAUUUGGAAAAGAGUAUUGUUUCAAUGAAAAAAAGAAAGGCUGUGUUAGAAGACAGUGAUGAAGAAGAUGAAGAAGCUAUUCCUAACCAGAAAAUAUCAAAUCAUAUUAUUUUAGAACAAGUUGAUAGUGACAAAGGUAAUAAUCAAAAUGCUUCAACAUUAAAAAAAAUGAAUACCUUAUUAGAAGAUGACACAGUUCAUACUAUGAAAUCUCAUUUAGAUGGAAGUGAUAAAGAAGGUUUUGAUGAGACUCAUAAAAGAAAGUCAUCGCUGACAAACAGUGACUCUGAAGAGGAAAUUGGUGGGUUCAUAAAAAAGACCAAAUACUUUAUAAAUGAUGACAGCGACUAGCAUGUCAAAUAACUUUAUUUUUUAAAGUAUACAAUAAUAUAUUAAAAUAAUAAACAUUUAAAAAAAAAGUAACUUAUAUGUGUGUGUUUGUACCUUAUACAAUAUAGGUAUAAUGUUUUUUCCUAAUAAUUCCCAAUAUGCCCUAUUUUAUCUCACGUAUAUUAUGUUACUUUUAUUACUCAAUUAUACAUACUAUAUAUAAAGUAUAAAAAUGUAAAGUAUUAAAUAAACUCUUAUUUUCAUAAAACAUAGUGUUAUUCAUUGUUAUUGAUGGUACUUCAAUAAAGCACAAAAAUUAUUAUUGAAUAAUUACGGUGUACAUAAAAUAUAUUAGAACAAACAGGAUAACAGCAAUAUAGUAUGUACAUCUACGGAGUACAAGAAUAUACCUUUUGCACGGCCGGCGGUAUUGUUUCCUUUGUUUUAGAGUUAGCCAGCAGACAGUCUCCCAAAAGUCGAGGACAAGAAAUGCGACCGGACUGGAUGCCAUCGG